AUGUCUGCAACACACGCUGCCACGAGUUCUUCACUUAUCAAGAAGGACUCGAACACUCCCUCUCCAAUCUCAGCUCAACAACCACCGCAGUCCACGGCCCGCUCUGCAAAGAAGGUCCAACCUGCCACCGAUACCACACACGCCACACAGCUCUCACUACUAUCUAACCAUUCCCCACCCCACGUAUCAGGACAAAACUCAGCGUGUCUUACAGAGGACAAGCAGCACGACAAAGCGUUUGAUCCUUUGCAAAUGCCCUACGAAGAAGUCAACAACCUACGCUUCAUAGGGAGUUGGAUUGGGCCUCAAGAAGAACUUCAACUUCGUCAAUACUCGUCGAAUGUAUACCACAGAGAUAUAUAUCACGCCCCAGAUCUUGUCUACGCAGAGCAUCACACAUCUUCUUUCAGAUCGGAACUUCCACCAUAUGAACAUUGGCUGGUGGCUGAUGUGCACGACAGAGGAACAUCUGCGGUACAGGUCGAACAACACUUAUCUGUGCAAGAGUCUAUCCGGGGCCAAUUCUACUCCACUCCAAAUUGA